AUGGAGAUUUUGAUUCCUCCUGUGAUGUCAUUCAUGUCUGAUGUCAUGCUGAGUGUGCUUCAAACUCCAGUGGAUUUUCUAGAACUCAUAUUACAGUUUGGCAUUGAAAUUCCCUCCCUAGACCAGAGUGACAGUUGUCCGCAAGGUGACCUAAAGCAGCUUAUCAUGUGGGGCAUGAAUCAUAAUGUGAGCUGGUCCUUUGGACAGUCACUUCUGGAUAUGUUUUUGGCUCCUGCAUCUAUUCCCUGCAGUUACCCAGGUUCAGAAUGCCAAACCACAAGCAGUGUGCAGUUCAGUCAUACUGGCACAUCCUCAUUGGAGAUCCCUACUUUCAUUCUGACUUGCGAACUUCAAAAUGUGAACCAAUUCAAUGAAACACUUUGUGCAGUAAUUUUAGCAACAAGCUCUCAGGAAUCUUAUUUCCUUUAUCAGAUGUGCCGAGCGCUCAGUACGCUCUCCCAGACUGAGGUGACACAGGCAUGGAGGAACACAUGUCACAUGAUGCAGAACAUCUUCUUACCUCUCAUGGAGCCCUGCAAUGAACCUGUCAGCACACAAUCAAGUCAGCGUAUUGCACGGUCCAACCUCAACCUCAGCGAACUUCUCUGUGACUACCAGAACUGGACUGACAUGGAUGGCGCAGACCCAGCUCUGGUUACAAUGUGCAGUGAAAAUGAUCAUGAGGCCUUCAUCCUCGCUGUGUGUGACAAUAACGAUGUGAUGCAAGUGCUGGUCAACAAUCCCAAUAAUGCUUGGGUGUGGGAAUACUGUGUGAACUCAUCGGACACAUACAUAGUGAAGCAAUAUUGCUUAUAUAACAUUUGGACUUUUGAAACAAUCGAUCCAUCAAUAGUGACAUUCUGUUGGAAUAAUGACAUGGAGAGAUUGGAAAAGCUUUUGUGUGACAGCCUGGACUUCUUUAUGAUUGUGUUCUCCAAAGAAGAAAACAACUGGUUGAAGCCCAACUGUACUGAACCUCCAUUACAAGUAGAAAUAAACACCCUUGUGGCUCAGUCUUGCAAAUACUCUGAAUGGAAGAAUGUACGAGCAGUCACCACAGAACAGAUCUCUCUGUGCAUUCAAAAUGAUGAGCUUCGAUUUAUUAACGAGGUGUGUACAAAUCACACAUUCAUCGCUGCAAUUGCACUUAACAGUACAAAUGCUUGGGUAGCACAAUAUUGCACUUUCUCUAUCAGCAAUCCCCCUACGAGCCCACCACAACUGACCACUGAUUUCUGGUGUGACUAUAAAAAAUGGACUGAAAUAUCUGUGGAUCCUUCAGUGGUUGUUCUGUGUUGGCAGUAUGACCAGACAGGCUUCCGUGAGAAUGUCUGCUGCAACACGCUCUUGUACCAGAACUUGACUCUUCAUCCUGACAACCAAUGGCUGUUUCGAGAGUGCUCUGAUAAUGACACUGUGAACAUGUUGGCACAGGUUUGUGUCUAUUCAGACUGGAGCCAGCCUACUAUUGUUGACAUGACCGACCUUGCUCUCUGUGCUGAUCUUGACACUAAGAACUUCACUCACAAUGUAUGUGCCAAUGUCACGGUUCUCCAGAAUUUGCUGGCCAAUUUAGACAACACCUGGUUAUUGGAGCACUGCUCAAACCUAACUGGUUCUGGCCCAAAAAUAACUGGUUCCGGGGCAGGGAAUGGGGGAAACCUGAUGGGUUUCCGACCAGCUGAGCAGUGCCAGUACUCCAGUUGGGCCUUGGUGCUUCCGGACGCUGCAAUCCUCGCACUUUGCUGGGACUAUGACCAUGCCAACUUCAUCUCCUCCAUCUGUAAUGACUCUUCUAUACUAACCCACAUCACUCAAGAGACAUCCAGCCUCUGGGUUGGAACUCUCUGUACUACUUACACAGGUCCCAUUAUCCCCAGUGUCGGUGGGAGCAACUCUACACAACCCCAGCUGUGCCUAGCUAGGGAGUUAAUCAAGAAGCUAAACUGGACCUGCAGUGUUGACUUCAGCUCUGUCUGUCAACCAGGAGCCAGUCAGAUCCAGGGCCUUCGGAUGCUGUUGCGAUGUGGGAUAGAGAUUCUCCAACCACGCUUGGAGAAUCUCAUGACUACAAAGGUGCCAUUGGUUGUCAAGAAAGCCACCAGCUUGUUGGUUGUCCUGCUGUUGGGUCUAGAAGAAAGCAAGAUAACAACUGUGGGGGUCACAGAAAAUAUCCGGCUUAGUGUACUUGAGUCAAUGGUUGUCUAUAUGGAGAAUGAGACCAACUUUGGCAACAAGCAUGUGCUCCUGCAGUGCUUUGGGAAAGUUCUGACCAGUCUGAUGCAAACAGGAAGAGAUGUGGCCAGUAGCUUUUUUCUUAUCAAGGAGUAUUUUCGCAUUCCUUUGUCCAAUCUGAGGUCAGUGCUCAGUGCAGCUGACAUCACAGUCGUAAGGGAGAUUCUGCAGUAUUACAAUAGGAACCAUGCCACCUUGCAGCUGUCAGAUGAGUACCUGCAUACCAUGGUGUCUGUGCUCUUCCAAACACACCUGCCCAGGGAUAGUAGAUUGUUCCCUGACAUGGGCCUUAUGUUGGCCCUGGCUACACCUUCAGACAUCAUGUCCAUGCCUCCACUACAGAGCGAUAUCAAUGCGUUAAGCAUCAUUAACCUCAGCAUCAAAAACCUUUCCCUGGUGCAGCAGCAAGCAUUUGGUCAGUGGUUCAGUCUGUCCAUGAGCUUGCCAAAAAUUACAGCCAGCGGCUUAUCCUUCAUCAGAGACACUGGUAACCUGAUCACAUAUCUGCCCUUCCAGAGCUUCCAGUACCUGUCACCUGCUCAGAUACUGGAUGGUAUGGAUGUCUUAAUAAAUAAUGCUUUGGGUCCGCUCAAGCAGCAGUUCAUUGCUCAGAGUCUCAUUGGAGCCUUCAGUAAUCUUACUACUGACCAGUUCAGAAGGUUAGGUAAUCUGUCUUGUCUGGCUAACCUCAGCCAGCUGAUGGCAUAUGCUGGAACAGAAGCCUUCUCAGUGAUCCAGGAAAACAUUAGGACAUGUGUCAUCCAGGGAGUCAGUGUCCCUAGUAAUAUGAUAUCCUUGGUCUUGAAUGCAUCUGAGCUGCAGUAUCCCUCCAGCCUCACCCCUCAGAGAGUCUCUCAGCUUGCCCCUUUCCUGCCUCUGCUGGGAUCCAGCUUCCUGCAGCAGCUCACCUCAGCCCAGCUCAUGCCUGCCCUGAGCACCUUGGCACUUGUGGCUUUUACCCCAGCACAGGCAUGUGUUAUCAUUGACAAGAUCUCAGCCAAUUUAAGUCUAGCUCUGCCUGGAUCUGUGCAUUUGUCUAUGCUCGGGUCUCUUGUGAGUGGAGUAAAGGUGGAGACACUGUGGACUUUGCCAUCUGACGUUCUGCUGGAGGCUUUACCUGAAAUCAGCCUUCAGACACCUGGGCUCACUCCCCCACAGGCCAACACCAUCAUCACCAAACUCUUUGGUUCCACUUCCUUGCCGCUGUGGCUGGAGAAAGUUGAGCCAUUACUCUCCAGCGCUCCUCUCCUCAGUGUGAUCCCCAGAGUACCUUUACUGCUGGACAGUGACUCAGCUGUUUACACUCGCCUCUGGAACACACAGCAGGCUAAAGUCCUUUUUAAAAAGGCCACAGACUCCAUGCCAAGUCUCUCGGAAAAGGAAUUCAUAUCUCUGGGGACAGUGGCUCUGGGAAUAAGCUGCACAGCCCUUAAAAAAAUGUUUCAAAACAUGGCUUCUCUAUUGCCUCUGCGUGACAUUCUGCAGUUUCUAAGGAAGCAGCCUGUUCCAAUCCACACCUCAUUGAAAAAGUGCAUAGUUGAGGAACUCUAUAAGUUUGACUUCCUCUUAGAGUUACUUAGGGAUUUGGGGCCUCAGGUUGCCCUGUCACUUCCGAUGAGCACCAUUAAGAAAUUUCCUCCUGAUAAAAUGGAGUCUCUGAGGAACAUGAUAGUGCAGGAUCCACAUUACUUCCUGCAGCUUCCUAGCACCAAACAAGCUGUCCUGGUAGACAAGGUGGUUCAAAGGCUGAAUAUGUACACUGGCCUGUACACUGAAGAGGAGUUUCGUUCAUUAGGUGUCAUGGCAACAUUUGUGGUGGAUGAGAUAUUUUUGCAAUUGGAUAGGAGCUUCUUUGUUGAUGAUCUGGAGUUCCUACGAGGAUUCUGUUACAAUGCCAAUAAAAGAGACCUCGUGGCAGCCAUGUUACAGGAGCCAAAAAUAUUUGGCCCUGUACGAGACUGGACAUCAAAGACACUGAACCAAGUGGACCGUUUCUUAUUUUUUCUCCCAACGGAGUCUAUUCAGCUGAUCCCUGCAGGUUUGAUGAGCUUAGAGCGCAUUGAGAGACUGUUCCUCAGUCAGCAGAAGUGGGAGAGAGGAGAGCUUGGCUCUCUUUGUGGGCAGAAGCCCUCAGAAUUGUUCAACAAGCAGCAGUUUGUGCUUCAGUUCUUCCUUGGUUUCCUCAGAGUGGGACGCACCACUUUUACUGGACUGAUGCCCACUUGUGAGAGCUUGUAUGUGACACAACCUGCUGCCUGGAGUAUUGACAGCCUUAGAAACAUGUCACCAGCUCUUUUCCGGAGGUGCUUGGAGCUCAUUGGCCAGGAUCCCUUUUUCAGUGCAUUCCAGCUGUCAGUGCUCCUUACAAAGACUAAAGAGGUGUACGGAAUGCCCUCCUCUUUCACCCCUUCUGUGAUCUCUCAGUUGGGUCGCAUUGCCACUCAGCUCUCACUUGAAGAGUUGGCUUCACUCAGAUUGUCUGAAAUCCAAUCCGUUUUAGCUAUGGGUGCAAUCAACAUGUGGACUAGCAGACAGUUGAAAACAAUAUUUUCCACGGUGCUGAACUCAACCAGAAAGGCUCCUAGCCAGUUAGACUCCAGCACUAUUGUGGCUUUGGGACAUAUUGUGUGUGGAAUUGAGGCACCUGUCAUGCGCACCCUGAAUGCAGUAGAGUUCAGUAAGGCAGUUUUGUGGCUGGGUCGUUUGCGCCUAUCCUGCUCUGAGGAGCAGUUGCAGGCAAUGAUAGGACUGCUCAGUAAUAGCUUGUCAUUUGGACUAGUCAGCUCCUGGGGAUCAGAGGUCUUCAUUGAGAUAGGAGCAAUUGCAGCGGGGCUGCCGGAUAUGUCCAUGUCUGCUUUGGUGAAGGAACAAAUCGAAGGACUCACCCCAUUGGCCAUCUCUCUCAUCCCUGCGGGCAAAUUUGCAGUUGUUUUUAAUCAGGCACAAAUUCAAAUUUUCACGUAUGAGCAGGCCGUUGCUGUAACAGACACCCAGCGCUCUGCUCUGUCUCCAGUGCAAAAGACGGCCCUGUCCAUGGUACUCAACCCCUGGGAGGACAAACCUGUUGAUUUCAGAGGCAGGUCAAUGGGAGUUGCAGUUCACCCCUGUCCCGUUUUCUACCUCUACAGUUCCCUGAUACUGCUGCUUUUAAUUAGUUAGAUCUGUCACAGCUGAAUUGUCACUAUAAUGAGUUGAACUCUCUUUUCAAAAUAUGAAGUAGAAUUAACAACAAUGUGUGUUUAAUUUGAAAUACAUAUAAUAAGGAAGAACUAGAAAUCAUGGAAAUAUUUCUUUCAGCACUUGUUUUUAAAAUAUGAUUGUUAGUCAAUAUGUCACAUUUUAAGAUUUUGUUUAAGAAAAUGUUUGGUAACAGUUUACAAUAAGGUUCCAUUUGUUAAGAUUAGUUAAUGCAUCAGGUAUCAUGAACUAACAAUGUACCACAUAUAUUUAUAGUAUUUAUUAAUCUUAAUGUUAGUUAAUAAAAACACAAUUGUUUAUUGUUAGUUCAUGUUAGUUUAUAGUGCAUUAACUAGAGUGACCAAACGUCCUGUUUUACCAGGACAUGUCCUGUUUUCACGUCCUGUCCUGGCCGUCCUGGCUGUUUUUUAUAAAGUGAUACAGUGAUAAUAACAAUUUUCUAUCCAUACAGAGGCAUAGCCUACUUUAAAUGUAUUGAAAUUAACAAGGCAUCUUUGAGUAAAAUUUGAGUAUCUCAUUGCCGGGCCGAGUGUCAUGGUUUUUGGUAAUCAAAAUAUGGUCACCCUACAUUAACUGAUGUUAACAAAUACACCUUUUGAUAUUAAAAAUGUAUUACUAUAUGUUGUAAUUAACAUAACCCAGAUUAAUACAUGCUGUAAAAGUAUUGUUCAUUGUUAGUUCAUGUUAAAUAAUGGAACCUUUUGUAAAGUGUUACCAAAUAAUUGUUUGCGUAAAAGAAAUUACUGAACUGAAAAUUAUACAUUGUCUAAGUUGAUUUGGUUUGACUUGUGCUUCAUUUUCAUCCUGUAGUUUUGUUUUAAUUCAUCUAUUUGUUUAUUAUUUAUUGUUCCUGCGAGAUGGGCCUUCAUUCAUUAGAAUGUGUUUUUUAAUAUCAACAGUGAUUGUGUAAACGUAAAGUAAAAAAAACAACAACAAAAAAACACUUGUUUUUUUUGAUUUUCAUUUGUAAAAUAGUUAUAUGAAUUUAAUUUCAUUAUUUAAUUU